ACAAUAGUAAAAUCAUUGCAUACAAGUUGGAUUAUUCUCGCUGAUUCGCUGGUGUGUACCAAAUUCAGAGAUUUUAAUGCAAUGUAUGUCUCUUCUCAACAGAGGUUUCGUUGUUCUUUGGAGGCACGGGAGAGGUUAGCCCACAAUGACGAACUCUAAGGGUUAUAGAAGAGGAACGAGAGAUUUGUUUUCUCGAAAAUUCCGGAGGCAUGGUACAAUUCCAUUAUCUACAUAUUUGGAAGUGUACAAAGUAGGAGAUAUUGUUGAUAUUAAGGGAAAUGGUGCAGUGCAGAAAGGUAUGCCAUACAAGUAUUACCAUGGCAAGACUGGCCGCGUUUUUAAUGUGACACCCCAUGCACUUGGUGUUAUUGUCAACAAGCGAGUACGUGGCAAGAUUAUUCCCAAAAGAAUAAAUAUUCGCAUUGAACAUGUAACACAUUCAAAAUGCAGGCAAGAUUUCAUGAAGCGUGUGAAGGAGAAUGAAAGACUGCGCAAAGAGGCAAAGGAAAACAACACAGCUGUUCAACUGAAACGCCAGCCUGCGCAGCCAAGGUCACCACACAUCGUUAAUGGCAAGCAAGAACCCAUCCUCCUUGCACCAAUUGCAUAUGAAUUUAUUGCCUAAAAAAGCAAUUGUGAGAGACAAUGUGAUGAAAGUGUUGAACUCUUUGUGUUGCAAUUUAUUAUCCAUAAUGGAUGGAGUUAUGUUGGUUGAUCACCAGAAUUGUGGAAUUAAUAAAAACUCUCGACAUUGCUAAAA